AUGUCUUCACUUGCAAAGGGUCGCCCAUCCCGGCGAUCUGCCGCCUCCCGACGGAGUUAUGUCAUGGAAGAGACCUCCGAGGAGGAAGAUGCCGGAAAUGUUACCCCCACCCAGUCCAACCCCGAUGGAGAUGAAGAGGACGAGGAAGAAGAAGAGGAGUACACCCCGGUUCCCCAACAGAAGACUACGGCUUCAAGAAGGACUUCGCGAAGACGUGUGACCUCCGAAAUGCCCCCACUGAGCGCCACCCCCAGCACCGCACGCACCUCGCGGAGGUCCCGAAGAUCGCAAACGACGGAGGACCUCGAAUCGUCGCAAAUCAGCAAUGCGAACGAUGAAGGCGAAACUGUCGCGACGAUUGAAGAAGAAGAGCCCGAAACUCCGACACAGAAAGUCGCUUCGGCAAAGAAAAGAAGUAUGCCUCAUCACCCCCGCAAGAGUCGCGGCUCUUUGGCGCCAAAUCCAACACAAUCCUUACUCCCAACUCCAGAGGCCUCAGUGUCGCCGCAAUCCCAGACUCGAUCCCAGAGAGGCAGUGUGCCCCCCCUCGGCGAUAUCACCAACUCCGCCGUGAACCAGCCGCCGCCGCCAGAGCCCGCCGAUCAACCCGCCGAGGAGCCUGUUGAAGACCCGAAGUCCCAGGUUGCUGCUAUCAACCCCAAUACCACAAUCCUCGAGAAACCCAUGGACAUCAUGUUGAAGUCGCGAACGCUGAACCCUUCGGCGCCCGAAGAACCUGCCGGGCCCAAAUCGCGGCUGAUGAUGAAAAACUUGAUACUGAUGAACUUCAAAAGUUACGCAGGAAAACAGGUUGUCGGGCCCUUUCACGCCUCAUUUUCCUCCAUCGUCGGACCAAACGGAUCCGGAAAGUCGAACGUUAUAGAUGCGCUGCUGUUUGUCUUCGGUUUUCGAGCAAGCAAGAUGCGACAGGGCAAGAUCUCUGCGCUGAUUCACAACUCGGCCAACCACCCGAACCUGCCCUUCUGCGAGGUCGAGGUUCACUUCCAAGAGAUUUUCGACCGGCCCGAUGGCCUACACGAUAUCGUCCCAGAUUCCCAACUGAUCAUUUCCCGAAAGGCAUUCAAGAACAACACCAGCAAAUACUACAUGAACGGCAAAGAGACAAACUUCACCGCGGUGACAGGCUUACUUCGGGACCGCGGGAUCGAUCUCGAUCACAAGCGUUUCCUGAUUCUUCAAGGUGAAGUCGAAUCCAUCGCUCAGAUGAAGGCCAAAGCGAUGAACGAGCACGAGGACGGACUUUUGGAGUAUCUCGAAGACAUCAUCGGCACUUCGAAAUACAAGCAACCCAUCGACGAAGCAGCCGCAGAAUUGGAAACGCUUAAUGAUGUCUGCAUGGAAAAGAACAACCGCGUUCAGCAUGUCGAAAAGGAGAAGAAUGGGUUAGAGGAUAAGAAAAACAAAGCCCUUGCCUAUAUUCGCGACGAGAAUGAGCUGUCCCAGAAGCAGUCGGCACUGUACCAAAUCUACAUGGACGAAUGCGCCGACAACAUCCGAGUCACGGAAGAAGCCAUCCUUCAAAUGCAGGAGCUUCUGAACAUGGAACUUGAGAAACACGAAGGCAACGAGUCCGGCAUCAAGGAAAUGGAGAAGGCCUACAAGCGCGGCAUGCGCGCGUACGAAAGCAUGGAGAAGGAUACGCAGUCUCUGGUGAAAGAAAUGGCCAAAUACGAUAAGGAGACCGUCAAAUUCGAGGAAAAGAAGAAAUUCUUGACCGGUAAACAGAAGAAGCUGGAGAAAUCCAUGCAAACCGCCCGUCUGGCAGCCUCGGAGUGCGAAAGUCUGGUAGAGAAACACACUCAUGAUAUCGAGAACAAGACGAAAGAGACUGCACAGCUGGAAAAGGAGAUGCAGGCUGAGGAAGCUGAACUCUCGGAGAUCCGUGAAAGUCUAAAAGGCAAAACGCAAGGUCUCUCAGAUAAGAUCACCGCAAAGCAAAAGUCGCUAGAGCCCUGGGAUGAGAAGAUCAACAAAAAGGUUUCCGCGGUUGCCGUGGCCCAGAGUGAGCUUGACAUCAUUCGCGAGAGAAGCAACGCCGGUGCGGUGCAACUUGAAGAGGCCCAGGGCAAGGUCUCGUCGAUUGAGGAGACGCUAGCUACCAAAGAGGCCGACCUUGAAGAGCGCAAGGCCCAAAAGGCCACCCUCGAGGAGGAGCUGGCGAAACUGAAGCACGACUUGAAGAAAUAUUCCCACAAGGAGCCCGAGGUUCGCACUCAUGUCUCCAGCGCUCGGCAGAAGGCUGAGGAGGCAAGGGCCAGCUUGGCCAGCACUCAGAAUCGCGGCAGCGUGUUGUCUGGUCUGAUGCGCCUGAAGGAGUCCGGCCGUAUCGAUGGAUUCCAUGGAAGGCUUGGUAACUUGGGCACGAUUGACCAGGAAUACGAUGUCGCCAUUUCCACCGCCUGCCCUGCCCUGGAUAAUAUGGUCGUCGACACGGUGGAGGUUGGCCAGCAGUGUAUCGACUAUCUUCGAAAGAACAAUCUUGGUCGUGCCAACUUCAUUCUUCUGGAUCGCCUUCCCCGGCGAGACAUGUCCGCCGUCUCCACCCCUGAAAAUGUUCCACGACUAUUCGAUUUGGUCAAGCCCAAAGAUCCCAAGUUUGCGCCGGCUUUCUACAGCGUGAUGCAAAACACUCUAGUCGCAAAGGAUCUAGAGCAGGCCAACCGCAUCGCUUAUGGUGCUCGCAGGUGGAGGGUGGUCACGCUCGACGGCCAGCUCAUCGACACAUCCGGUACCAUGAGUGGUGGUGGCACGCGCGUUGCGCGAGGCGGGAUGUCGUCGAAACAAGUGGCCGAAACGAGCCGGGAGCAGGUGUCGAAGCUUGAGGGUGACCUUGAGGAGAUGGAGAAGAAGUUCCAGGCUUUCCAGGAAAAGCAGCGCCACAUUGAAGCUUCGCUUCGAGAGAAAUCCGAGGAGAUUCCUCGCAUGGAGACGAAGAUCCAAAAGAUCAUGAUUGAGAUCGAGAGUACCAUUCGCAGUCUCGCGGAUGCUCAGCGCCGCGUCAAGGAACUGGGUGCUGCCCACAAGCCCUCCAAGACUGAUGCCAGUCAGGCGACUUCUCUCGAGAAGCAAAUCUCCGCGUUGGAAGACGAGAUCGAGGACCUCCGCUCGCAGAAAGGAGUCAUUGAGGAGGAAAUUCAAACUCUCCAGAACAAGAUCAUGGAAGUUGGUGGUGUGCGCCUGAGAGGUCAGAAGGCUAAGGUCGACGGGCUUAAGGAGCAGAUCAGCCUUCUCUCGGACGAGAUUUCGAAUGCUGAAGUUGGAAAGUCGAAGAACGAGAAGUCGAUCGUGAAACACCAGAAAACCCGUGCUGAUGCCGAAGAGGAACUUCAGCAUGUUGCCGAAGAACUGGAGAAACUCGCGGAAGACAUCGCCAACCAAGACAGCGACGCGUCCGGCUCGAGGCAAAAGGUGGAGGAAGCACAAGAGGCCCUUGAGACCAAGAAAGAGGAGCUCUCGUCCCUGAAAUCUCAGUUGGACGAGAAGGUCGCCGAGUUGAACGAAAGCAGAGCUACCGAAAUUGAGAUGCGGAAUAAGCUCGAGGAGAACCAGAAGGCACUUUCGGAGAACGAAAAACGUGGACGAUACUGGCAAGAAAAGCUGUCCAAGUUGACAUUGCAAAAUGUCAGCGAUCUAGGUGAGGAGCAGGAGGCUACAGAGCUUCAGACCUACACCAAGGACGAGUUGUCCGAGAUGAACAAAGAGUCCCUGAAAGCGGUCAUCGCAGCUUUGGAGGAGAAGAGUCAGAACGCCUCGGUUGAUCUCUCGGUUAUUGAUGAGUACCGUCGCCGGACGGCUGAGCACCAAGCUCGCUCGGCGGAUCUGGCGACUGCCUUGACUACUCGCGAUAGUGCCAAGGCACGUCUGGACGGCCUCAGGUCUUCCCGGCUGAACGGGUUCAUGGAGGGAUUCGGCAUCAUCUCGCUCCGACUCAAGGAGAUGUACCAGAUGAUCACAAUGGGUGGUAACGCCGAGUUGGAGCUGGUCGACUCCUUGGAUCCCUUCUCCGAGGGCAUUCUGUUCUCCGUCAUGCCCCCGAAGAAGAGCUGGAAGAACAUCGGUAACCUGUCCGGUGGUGAGAAGACCCUGUCUAGUUUGGCUCUGGUCUUCGCUCUGCAUCACUACAAGCCUACUCCGCUAUACGUGAUGGACGAAAUCGAUGCCGCCUUGGAUUUCCGAAACGUCUCUAUCGUCGCCUCGUACAUCAAGGAGAGAACCAAGAACGCACAAUUCAUCGUUAUUUCUCUGCGAAACAACAUGUUCGAACUUGCCUCUCGACUUGUCGGAGUUUACAAGGUCAACCACAUGACCAAGAGCGUGACCAUCCAGAACAGAGAUUACAUCACGGGGCGAUGA